UUGUUUGCAUUUAUUCAUCACUUAGUACAAAAAUGUCUCAGAGCAAUACAAUUAUUAAAGCAUAAAUGGUAACAAAAAAUCAAGCUUACCGAUAAGCUAAAAUAACAAUUGACUGAAAGCGCUCAUCCUUCAGUAACAUAUGGACCAAUUCUACCCUACCCUAGUAAAAGAUGACUAGCAAUACAUACUUGGAUUAUCACCCAAUUCAGAGCCAAAUGCCUAGAUGAACAGAAGCAAUUAUUUCCAAGGAAGCUUGAACCAUUAUACUUUUGACAACACUGCCUAUGAUCAGAGUUGAACCUCAGGCCACCCCAGGCCUCUCUGUCUGGCCCACAGAAAACUUAUUGGCCUCAGCCACACACCCUCACCUCAAACCACACCCUUCAUAAGCCUUACUAUAUUCUGUCCUUCAGGGAUUUUUUUGUACACUUAAGCUGUGCACGCGCUGCACAUUUACAGCACAUUUGAUGCACAUCCCCCUCUCCCCAGAAUUCUGGGUAGUUUGGAAAUUGAUCCAAGUUAGAUGUGUUUAACUCUGCAAAAUGCCCAGUCUUCCAUUCUUCUCCAGCUAGUUCAUUGUGAGGUUAAAGGGCAUGGUGAUGUCAUAAUGAGAUAUUACAUCAUGCAACAUGAAUGAUUCCAGCAGGAGAAGAGUGAGACUCGCCCAGAAGAAUGAUUUGAGACGUUGGACAGUUUCCCUUAUGAAUCUGCUACUGUUCAUCUUUUUAUCAUCAUUAAUAUUUGCAGGAGCUACUAAAGAGAAACAUAAAGUUAUUAUUCGGAUAAAUCAUGAGAAGAAAGCGAACGAGGAGGAGGAGGCAGGAAGUACGAAGCACAUCAUCAUACACCCUGCUGUACAUAAGAUUUCUAUAAUGAACGGGCCACAGAAUCAUGAAGAUGUUGGAUUACAAGAUAAUGAAGAUGUUGACAAAAGUCUAUCCAUUGAUCACCUUUUCCAUCCAAUACCAUUACCACCAAAGAAUGACGAUGUUUAUAAAAAUCAACCAGAAGAUGUCCUUUUUCAUCCGGUACCAGGACGAAUGUUUAAUGAAGAUUUUGACAGAAGUCCAGUAAAAGAUCUCUUUUUCCAACCGGUACCAAUUUCAGACAAUGCAGAGAUUGAGAAGCGCAUACAACUUGUCUCCAAAGAAGAAGAAAGACCACGACCCCGGGAACAGAUACUGUUGGCUGUAUCCUCAGCAACUCUGUGUGUUUUAAUAUUGCUUACAAUGCUUUGUGGUAUGACUAUAUACCAAUGUAGCAAAAGAAUUAGUUACACAGAGCUCUCAUUUACUUCUUCUGAAAAUCAAGCACUAUUUGGGCCAUCCUUUUUCCAUCCCUAUCCAUCCGAAUCUGCAAUGUCUAGAACUGAGAGCUUGAUAUGGAAUGAGUCCGGACCAAGAUCAGUAGGACGGAGCCCCUCGGUGGCUAAACCCUCAAGGAUGCUAACAUUUGAUCCUGUUGUACACUCAGUAGAUGAGGUGUCAUCAUUUUCUGAUGAAUCAGCCCGCACUCUAGAGUCAAUCAGGCUUAGAGAGACAGAACCAUCUGAAAUAGUGGCACCCUCUCAAGCCCCAUCAACUGAAGCACCACCUCCAAGUGCACCAGCAGCAGCACCGCCACCAAAUGAGCCAGCAGCAGCACCACCACCACCUCCACCAAGUGAGCCUGCAGCUGCACCCCCGCCCCCAUCUGGUGGCCCAGCAGCACCACCACCUCCACCUCCACCAAGCGAGCCUGGAGCUGCACUCCCACCACCACCUGGUGGCCCAGCAGCACCACCUCCACCUCCACCAAGCGAACCUGGAGCUGCACCCCCACCACCACCUGGUGGCCCAGCAGCACCACCUCCACCUCCACCAAGUGAACCUGGAGCUGCUCCCCCACCCCCACCUAGUGGCCCAGAAGCACCACCAGCACCGCCACCACCACCACCACAAGGUUAAAUCCUGAUGUUGACGAUGAUUUUUGAAAAAGAAGGAAAGAAAUCUGGAUUACUAACUUCACAGUUGGCUGCUCCGUACAAAAUUCAGAGAGAGAGAAAUAUUGAGAUUCUGAAGUGAGGAGAAAACCAACAAGGAAGUUGGGACUACAGGGGUCUGAAGGCAUGCUGGAACGGUAUUGAUAGCUGAGCUUAGUGAGAAAAAAGUGGUGUAAGAAAGUACGUACUCCCAAGAGACAUUGGAAUAGUUUCAUAUUAUGAUGUGGGAAAAUAAAUAAAUAAAGCUUUGAAUCACUAGCCAUGGCAAAAGCCACAUAAGGUUACGUUACAUGAAUAAAUUUUCUGUACAAUAAAUCAACUAUAUGAAUGAA